ACGUGGUUAACGGUCGCGGGAAGCCGCGGAACGCGAACUUGCGGCCGAACUUGCGGAGACCUUCGCCUCGUCCCGGGACUGGCCAGUGUCCACUGGACUGACCGCGCCGCGGCCGUCGCCGUCGCCGCGUCGGGAGCUUGGAGCGCCUCGGAGCCGCCACCCCGGGUGCCGCCGCCGGCGCCGGAGCGCAGGCCUGCUGCAGCCUCAGUCCGGCGCGCCGGAUCGCACGUGGCGGACCCGCCCCCUGGGCCAGCCACGACCUGGACGCCGCCGGCCUGUGCUCGCCCGUCCUCCGCUCUCCGUGCUCCGCCGUGACUGCAGCCGGGAGAUGAGCUUCCUGAGCCGACAGCAGCCGCCGCCUACCCGCCGCGCCGCGGCCGCCUGCAGCUUGCGGCAGAAGCUCAUCUUCGCCCCGGGCAGCGACUGUGAGGAGGAAGAGGAGGAAGAGGAGGAGGAGGAAGGCAGCGGCCACAGCACCGGGGAGGACUCGGCCUUCCAGGAACCCGAUUCGCCGCUGCCGUCCGCUCGCAGCCCCGCCGAGGCCGAAGCCGAGCGCCGCCGCUCGCCCGGCGCCGAGCCCAGCAGCCCCGGAGAGCUGGAGGACGACCUGCUGCUGCGGGGUGGCGGCGGGGCCGCGGAAGCGGCGGGCGGCGGCGGCGAGGGCGACUCUUGGGAGGAGGAGGGUUUCGGCUCGUCGUCGCCCGUCAAGUCACCGGCGACCGCCUACUUUCUGGGCCCCUCGUUUUCGCCGGUGCACUGCGGCGGCCCGGGGGAUGCGUCCCCGCCGGGUUGCGGGGCGCCGCGGGCCAUGGAGGGCCCUGGCUCGCCGCCGCCCGACUAUCCAAGCACCCCGCCGCACAAGACUUUCCGUAAGCUGCGACUAUUUGACACGCCACACACGCCCAAGAGUUUGCUUUCCAAAGCUCGAGUAAUUGAUUCCAGCUCUGUUAAACUCCGGGGUGGUUCUCUAUUCAUGGACACAGAAAAAUCAGGAAAAAGAGAAUUCGACACACGGCAAACUCCUCAUGUGAAUAUUAAUCCUUUUACUCCGGAUCCUGUAUUGCUUCACUCCUCAGGACGGUGUCGUGGGAGAAAAAGAGCAUAUUUUAAUGAUUCCUCUGAAGACAUGGAAGCCAGUGAUUAUGAGUUUGAAGAUGAAACAAGACCUGCUAAAAGAAUUACAAUUACUGAAAGCAAUAUGAAGUCACGGUAUGAAACUGAAUUUCAUGAGCUGGAGAAAAUUGGUUCUGGAGAAUUUGGUUCUGUGUUUAAGUGUGUGAAGAGGCUAGAUGGAUGCAUUUAUGCCAUUAAGCGAUCAAAAAAGCCAUUGGCUGGCUCUGUUGAUGAGCAGAAUGCUUUGAGAGAAGUAUAUGCUCAUGCUGUGCUUGGACAGCAUUCCCACGUGGUUCGCUAUUUCUCUGCAUGGGCAGAAGAUGACCAUAUGCUUAUACAAAAUGAAUAUUGUAAUGGUGGGAGUUUAGCUGAUGCUAUAAAUGAGAACUACAGAAUCAUGAGCUACUUUACUGAAGGAGAGCUGAAGGAUCUGCUUUUGCAAGUUGGCCGGGGCUUGAGAUAUAUACACUCAAUGUCUUUGGUUCACAUGGAUAUAAAACCUAGUAAUAUUUUCAUAUCUCGAACCUCGAUCCCGAAUGCUGUCUCUGAGGAAGGAGAUGAAGAUGACUGGAUAUCCAACAAAGUUAUGUUUAAAAUAGGUGAUCUUGGGCAUGUGACAAGAAUCUCUAGUCCACAAGUUGAAGAAGGUGAUAGUCGUUUCCUAGCAAAUGAAGUUUUACAAGAGAACUAUAGUCAUCUACCGAAAGCAGAUAUUUUUGCCCUUGCUCUCACAGUCGUGUGUGCUGCUGGUGCUGAACCCCUCCCCAGAAAUGGAGACCAGUGGCAUGAAAUCAGGCAGGGUCGAUUACCUCGGAUUCCACAAGUGCUUUCCCAGGAGUUGACAGAGUUGCUAAAAGUUAUGAUCCACCCUGAUCCGGAAAGAAGGCCUUCGUCGAUGGAGCUGGUGAAGCAUUCAGUGUUGCUGUCUGCAUCUAGAAAGAGCGCAGAGCAGUUACGGAUCGAACUGAAUGCUGAGAAAUUCAAAAAUUCUCUUUUGCAGAAAGAACUCAAGAAAGCCCAAAUGGCAGCCAAAGUUGCAGCUGAGGAACGGGCACUCUUCACGGAUCGGAUGGCCACUAGGUCCACCACCCAGAGUAAUAGAACUUCUCGACUUAUUGGAAAGAAAAUGAACCGCUCUGUCAGCCUAACUAUAUACUGAACUGUUCACAUCCCCACUGCCCCCACAAAAAAAACUGUGACAAGAGGAAGCUAGGUUGAAAUCACUGCUAGAAUCCGCUUUGCAUUUACUUUGUCCAUUGGGAUCAGUAGUUUUCCUGAAAUGCCUUGUAGGACUUAAGUGAAUUACAGUUGAGAGCUAUAUUCUGACUUGGCUAUGUCAGGCGUUUGUCUCAUCUUCCCGUCUGUUUCAUGUAGGAUGUCAGUCACUGUUGGAUGUUCCACCAGCCUUUGCAGGGUUAACCACUGUGGUGGUAUGCUGCUUAUCAUUCACUAUUGCAGUGUAAUGAAAGGUAUCUUUCCUUGUUACGACCCUUAGAAAGGACUCAAGGGCUUUACUGGGAACAUCCUCUCCCUUCAGAAAGGGAGACACUCAGAGACUAGUACUACUCAGCCUCCGAUGUACCUGUGUCAGUCCAUGUCUCUUUUUUCUAUUGUGAAUUAUACUUGUAUAUCCAAC